AUGGCUUCUCUUACGAAAACCACCUACCAAGCCUUUGCGUCGGCAAGGGCGCAGGGCAAUCCCGCAGCCGUGAUUGUCCUGCCGAAGCCCGCGUCAGGCACACAAGAUGGCAAUGGAGAGUUUCCAUACGAGCUGUUCCCUCCCGCCUCAAAGCUUCAAGAGACAGCGACAAACAUUGGCCUCCCAAUGACGGCAUUUGCGCUCCCUCUUGAUCCGGAGAAUGAGUCGGCUAAAGCUCACUACGCUGUCCGGUGGUUCAAUCCCGUCAACGAAGCGCCGCUCUGUGGCCAUGCCACUCUCGCCUUGUCGCAGCACCUAUUUAGUACUCUUCCUAACGCGCCGCAGACGCUAAGGUACCUAACCAGACUUCAUGGUAUUGCCUCUGCAUCUCUAAACCAGAGUCCGUUUGAAGAUACGAAGCUGGUAGGAAUUGAGUUUCCGGAGCUGCUUGAUCUUCCUGCCGUGUCAAAGGAUAGCGAACGAUGGGGAGAAUUGAAGGGCCUGUUUGAAGCUGCAUCUGGGUCGAAGUGGGAGGGCACAGGAGAGCCUGUUGAGGUUUUUGAGCAAGAUCAGUACUUCAUGCUUGAGUUUAGCCCUGAGCUUGACCUCAAGGCUUUGAAGUUUAAUGCUUCCAAACUAGCUCCAUUGAAUGGCUUCGUCUACAUUUUCCAAGUCUCUACAAGCCCUUCGGAGCAUAUUCAUACUCGAGUCAUUAACUGCAUCGGAGGAAAUAACCAUGAGGAUGCCGCAACUGGCUCUGCCCAUCGCGCAAUCAUUCCUCAUGUCCUAUCAAACGCCGAAACUACUGCGCGUCUCAAGCAGCACCAUCCCGACUUCACUGGAAACACGCUGCGAUCUUUACAACAGUCCAAGGAGGGUGGUGAAUUGACUGUUGAGUGGCUUCGGGAUACCAAAACCGUGAGGAUCAUGGGUAAUGCUUCACGCACUGACGAGACCACCAUCGAGAUCUGA